AUGGGGAAAGCGGCCGCUCCGAGCCGAGGCGGGGGCUGCGGUGGCCGCUCCCGAGGACUCUCGUCGCUCUUCACCGUUGUCCCCUGCUUGUCCUGCCACACAGCGACGCCGGGCAUGAGCUUUUCCACGUCCGGCUCUGGGCCGGAGCCCAAACCAGUGUGGGCACCGGAGCGGGAGCCGCUGUCAGAACAGGUGCGGGAGACAGUUUCGGGGAGUCCGGACCGAGAGAUCCAAGUCUCCUUAUUAUGGGUCCCACAACUCGGGUGUGAACCCCAAGCAGAGGCUGGACAGGACAGGGAUGGGGUCGCAGCUGGGGAGGGGGUGGGCCCCUCUCCCAGGCCUGUGGGGUCCAUAGUGGGAAGUGUGUCCUUUUCCCUAAAGCCAAGCCCGGGUCGGGUCGGUGCCAAAUCCCCUGUUUUCUUCGAUCCCGGACAGGCGAGGACUUCUCUUGGUGUCCCAGUGUCAGGGACUAACACCAGCUCCAGUGUCCCCAUGCCGUCACUACCUCUGGACAGCUACAAGGGCUGGCUUCUUAAGUGGACCAACUACCUCAAGGGCUACCAGCGUCGCUGGUUCGUGCUCGGGAACGGCCUGCUGUCCUACUACAGAAACCAGGGAGAAAUGGCCCACACCUGCCGUGCAACCAUCAACCUGGCCACCACGCACAUUGACACAGAGGACUCUUGUGGCAUCUUGCUGAUCAGCGAGGCAAGGACCUACCACCUCAAGGCCACCUCAGAGGUGGACCGGCAGCAGUGGAUCAGCACCCUGGAGCUGGCCAAAGCCAAGGCCAUCUGCAUGAUGAACACCCAUUCAGAUGACUCUGGGGACGACGACGAAGAGACCGCCUCCCCCACCGACAAGAGCGAGCUCCACCAGACCCUCAAGGAGCUCUCGGGAAGGCUGGCCGAGCUCAGCACGUGCAGUGACCUCAUCUCGAAGCACGGCGCGGCCCUGCAGCGCUCCCUGAACGAGCUGGACAGCCUCAAGAUCCCCUGGGAGAGCGGGGAGAAGCUGAAGGCGGUCAACGAGCGGGCCACGCUCUUCCGCAUCACGUCCAAUGCUAUGAUCAACGCCUGCAGGGACUUCCUGGAACUAGCUGAGACUCACAGCCGGAAAUGGCAGCGGGCGUUGCAGUAUGAGCAGGAGCAGCGUGUCCACCUGGAGGAGACCAUCGAGCAGCUGGCCAAGCAGCACAACAGCCUCGAGCGAGCCUUCCGUGGUGCCCCGGGCCGGCUGGCCAGCCCCAGCCAGACCUUCAGCCAGGGAAGUCUCCUGACGGCCAAAGGCGAGGACAGUGAGGAAGAUGAGGACACCGAAUACUUCGAUGCCAUGGAAGAUUCCACGUCCUUCAUCACCGUGAUCACCGAGGCCAGCGAGGACAGAAAAGCCGAGGGUGGCACCGUAACAAGCUCCGUGGAGUGGACCUCGGCAGACAAUGAACGGGAAGGUGCCUCGAUCGUGCCCAAGGACUCGUCCAAGGUCAAGAGGCGCACCAGCAUCCCCAACAAGCCAAGCUACAGCCUCAACCUCUGGAGCAUCAUGAAGAACUGCAUCGGCCGCGAGCUCUCCAGGAUCCCCAUGCCGGUGAACUUCAACGAGCCCCUGUCCAUGCUUCAGCGGCUGACCGAGGACCUGGAGUACCACCACCUGCUGGACAAGGCGGUGCACUGCACCAGCUCCGUGGAGCAGAUGUGCCUAGUGGCCGCCUUCUCUGUGUCCUCCUACUCCACCACCGUGCACCGCAUCGCCAAGCCCUUCAACCCCAUGCUGGGGGAGACUUUCGAGCUGGACCGCUUCCAGGACAUGGGCCUGCGCUCCCUCUGCGAGCAGGUGAGCCACCACCCUCCCUCAGCUGCACACUAUGUGACCUCCAAGCAUGGCUGGAGCCUGUGGCAGGAGAUCACCGUUGCCAGCAAGUUCCGGGGAAAAUACCUCUCUAUCAUGCCACUCGGUGCCAUCCACCUGGAGUUCCAGGGCAGUGGGAACCACUAUGUGUGGAGGAAGAGCACCUCGACCGUGCACAACAUCAUCGUCGGCAAGCUCUGGAUCGACCAGUCAGGGGACAUUGAGAUCGUGAACCAUAAGACCAAAGACCGGUGCCAGCUGAAGUUUGUGCCCUACAGCUACUUCUCCAAAGAGGUGGCCCGGAAGGUGACCGGCGUGGUGAGCGACAGCCAGGGCAAGGCGCAGUAUGUGCUGUCGGGCUCAUGGGACGAGCAGAUGGAGUGUGCGAAGAUCGUGCACAGCAGCCCCAGCUCGGACGGCAAGCAGAAGACGGUGUACCAGACGCUGCCCACCAGGCUGCUGUGGAAGAAGUUCCCGCUGCCGGAGAACGCAGAGAACAUGUACUACUUCUCGGAGCUGGCGCUGACCCUCAACGAGCACGAGGAUGGCGUGGCGCCCACAGACAGCCGCCUGCGACCUGACCAGCGGCUGAUGGAGAGGGGACGCUGGGACGAAGCCAACACGGAGAAGCAGCGGCUGGAGGAGAAGCAGCGCGUGUCGCGGCGUCGCAGGAUGGAGACCUGCGCGGCCAGCUGCAGCGGGGAGGACGAGAGGGAGACAGACCGCUAUGUGCCACUGUGGUUUGAGAAGAGGCUGGACCCGCUGACCGGGGAGAUGGCCUGCGUGUACAAGGGCGGUUACUGGGAGGCCAAGGAGAAGCAAGACUGGCACAUGUGCCCCGACAUCUUCUGAGCGCCCCGCAGCAAACACAGCACCUGUGCAGGCGGUGCCACCUUUUCUUUAAUGCUCUGAA